AUGGUGCAUUGGCCAGGUCGACGUGGACGUCGACGUGGACGCGGACGUGGACGUGGACGUGGACGUGGUCGUGGACGCGGACGUGGACGUGGACGUGGACAUGGACGUAGACAUGGUCGUGGACGUGGACAUGGACGUGGACGUGGACGCGGACGUGGACGUGGGCGUGGACGUGGAGGACGUGGACGUGGAGGACUUGGACGUGGACGUGGACGUGGACGUGGACGUGGACGUGGAGAACUUGGACGUGGACAUGGACGUGAACGUGGACCUGGACGUGGACAUGGACGUGGACGUGGACGUGGACGUGGACGUGGAGGUGGACGUGGACGUGGAGGUGGACGUGGAGUGGACGUGGACGUGGACGUGGACGUGGACGUGGACAUGGACGUGGACGUGGACGUGGACGUGGACGUGGACGUGGACGUGGACAUGGACGUGGACGUAGACAUAGACGUGGACGUGGACGUGGACAUGGACGUGGACGUGGACGUGGACGUGGACGUGGACGUGGAGGACGUGGACGUGGACGUGGACGAGGACGUGGACGUGGACGUGGAGAACUUGGACGUGGACAUGGACGUGAACGUGGACGUGGUCGUGGACGUGGAGGACUUGGACGUGGACAUGGACGUGGACGUGGAGUGGACGUGGACACGUGGACGUGACGUGGACGUGGACGUGGACGUGGACGUGGACGUGGACGUGGACGUGGACAUGGAGGUGGACGUGGACGUGGACGUGGACAUGGACGUGGACAUGGACGUGGACGUGGACAUGGACGUGGACGUGGACGUGGACGUGGACGUGGACGUGGACGUGGAGUGGACGUGGAGUGGACGUGGACGUGGACGUGGACGUGGACGUGGACGUGGACGUGGAGAACUUGGACGUGGACAUGGACGUGAACGUGGACGUGGAUAUGGACGUGGAGGACUUGGACGUGGACAUGGACGUGGACGUGGACGUGGACAUGGACGUGGACGUGGACGUGGACGUGGACGUGGACGUGGACGUGGACGUGGACAUGGACCUGGACAUGGACGUGGACGUGGACGUGGACGUGGACAUGGACGUGGACGUGGACAUGGUCGUGGACGUGGACGUGGACGUGGACGUGGACAUGGACGUGGACGUGAACAAGACGUGGACGUGAACAUGGACGUGGACAUGGACGUGGACGUGGACAUGGACGUGGACGUGGACGUGGACGUGGACGUGGAGAACUUGGACGUGGACAUGGACGUGAACGUGGACCUGGACGUGGACAUGGACGUGGACGUGGACGUGGACGUGGACGUGGACGUGGACGUGGAGGUGGACCUGGACGUGGACGUGGACGUGGAGUGGACGUGGACGUGGACGUGGACGUGGAGUGGACGUGGACGUGGACGUGGACAUGGACGUGGACGUGGACGUGGACGUGGACGUGGACGUGGACGUAGACGUGGACGUGGACAUGGACGUGGACGUGGACGUGGACGUGGAGGACGUGGACGUGGACGUGGACGUGGACGUGGACGUGGACGUGGAGAACUUGGACUUGGACAUGGACGUGAACGUGGACGUGGACGUGGAGGACUUGGACGUGGACAUGGACGUGGACGUGGAGUGGACGUGGACGUGGACGUGGACGUUGACGUGGACGUGGACGUGGACCUGGACGUGGACGUGGACGUGACGUGGACGUGGACGUGGACGUGGACGUGGACAUGGACGUGGACGUGGACGUGGACAUGGAGGUGGACGUGGACGUGGACGUGGACAUGGACGUGGACGUGGACGUGGACGUGGACAUGGACGUGGACAUGGACGUGGACGUGGACGUGGACGUGGAGUGGACGUGGAGUGGACAUGGACGUGGACGUGGACGUGGACGUGGACGUGGACGUGGACGUGGACGUGGACGUGGACGUGGAGGACGUCGACGUGGACGUGGACGUGGACGUGGACAUGGACGUGGACGUGGACAUGGACAUGGACGUGGACGUGGACGUGGACAUGGACGUGGACCUGGACAUGGACGUGGACGUGGACGUGGACGUGGACAUGGACGUGGACGUGGACAUGGUCGUGGACGUGGACGUGGACGUGGACGUGGACAUGGACGUGGACGUGGACGUGGACAUGGACGUGGACAUGGACAUGGACAUGGACGUGGACGUGGACGUGGACAUGGACGUGGACCUGGACAUGGACGUGGACGUGGACGUGGACGUGGACAUGGACGUGGACGUGGACAUGGUCGUGGACGUGGACGUGGACGUGGACGUGGACAUGGACGUGGACGUGAACAAGACGUGGACGUGGACGUGGACGUGGAGGUGGACGUGGAGUGGACGUGGACGUGGACGUGGACGUGGACGUGGAGAACUUGGACGUGGACAUGGACGUGAACGUGGACGUGGACGUGGACGUGGAGGACUUGUACGUGGACAUGGACGUGGACGUGGAGUGGACGUGGUCGUGGACGUGCACGUUGACGUGGACGUGGACGUGGACAUGGACGUGGACGUGGACGUGACGUGGACGUGGACGUGGACGUGGACGUGGACGUGGACGUGGACAUGGAGGUGGACGUGGACGUGGACGUGGACAUGGACGUGGACGUGGACGUGGACGUGGACGUGGACAUGGACGUGCACAUGGACGUGGACGUGGACGUGGACGUGGAGUGGACGUGGAGUGGACGUGGACGUGGACGUGGACGUGGACGUGGACGUGGACGUGGACGUGGACGUGGAGGACGUGGACGUGGACGUGGACGUGGACGUGGAGAACUUGGACGUGGACAUGGACGUGAACGUGGACGUGGACGUGGACAUGGAGGACAUGGACGUGGACAUGGACGUGGACGUGGACGUGGACAUGGACGUGGACGUGGACGUGGACGUGGACGUGGACGUGGACGUGGACAUGGACGUGGACGUGGACGUUGACGUGGACGUGGACAUGGACCUGGACAUGGACGUGGACGUGGACGUGGACAUGGACGUGGACGUGGACAUGGUCGUGGACGUGGACGUGGACGUGGACGUGGACAUGGACGUGGACGUGAACAAGACGUGGACGACGUGGACGUGGACGUGGACGUGGACGUGGAGGUGGACGUGGACGUGGAGGUGGACGUGGAGUGGACGUGGACGUGGACGUGGACGUGGACGUGGACGUGGACGUGGACGUGGACGUGGACGUGGACGUGGACGUGGACGUGGACGUGGACAUGGACGUGGACGUGGACGUGGACGUGGACGUGGACGUGGACAUGGACGUGGACGUAGACGUGGACGUGGACAUGGACGUGGACGUAGACGUAGACGUGGACGUGGACGUGGACAUGGACGUGGACGUGGACGUGGACGUGGACGUGGAGGACGUGGACGUGGACGUGGACGUGGACGUGGACGUGGAGAACUUGGACGUGGACAUGGACGUGAACGUGGACGUGGACGUGGACGUGGAGGACUUGGACGUGGACAUGGACGUGGACGUGGAAUGGACGUGGACGUGGACGUGGACGUUGACGUGGACGUGGACAUGGACGUGGACGUGGACGUGACGUGGACGUGGACGUGGACGUGGACAUGGACGUGGACGUGGACAAGGACAUGGAGGUGGACGUGGACGUGGACGUGGAGGUGGACGUGGACGUGGACAAGGAGGUGGACGUGGACAUGGACGUGGACGUGGACGUGGUCAUGGACGUGGACGUGGACGUGGACGUGGACGUGGACGUGGAGUGGACGUGGAGUGGACGUGGACGUGGACAUGGACGUGGACGUGGACGUGGACGUGGACGUGGACGUGGACGUGGAGGACGUGGACGUGGACGUGGACGUGGACGUGGACGUGGAGGACGUGGACGUGGACAUGGACGUGGACGUGGAGAACUUGGACGUGGACAUGGACGUGAACGUGGACGUGGACGUGGACGUGGAGGACUUGGACGUGGACGUGGACGUGGACGUGGACAUGGACGUGGACGUGGACGUGGACGUGGACGUGGACAUGGACGUGGACGUGGACACGGACGUGGACGUGGACGUGGACGUGGACAUGGACCUGGACAUGGACGUGGACGUGGACGUGGACGUGGACAUGGACGUGGACGUGGACAUGGUCGUGGACGUGGACGUGGACGUGGACGUGGACGUGGACAUGGACGUGGACGUGAACAAGACGUGGACGUGA